GGCACGGGCAUGGUCCCCCUGUCAAGAUACGAGAAUACCCGUGGUAUCAGAGUGUACGGGGUCAGGGCAGUCUGUUGGAUAAUCCAGACGCGCACUGCGUUGUCCGAUUUAGUAGCCUCUCCUUGAACGCCGAUGGUCCCUUUGGAAGUAGUGCUCAGUUGUGAUCCUUGCUCCUCAUUUUUAAUAGGUUUCACCAGCAGUCAAAGCACGCACUCGUAAACCUUGUCAAGAGCGCGUCGUGGAAUGGGACUGGACAUUUAAAUUAUUCGGAACCUCGGAAUCAAAUUCGGAGGCUCAGCACACCAAGCAAUGGGAAGGAUUUAGCAGUGUAAUUUACUCUUACGCUUCAGGUGUGUGUGUGAGUGUGUGAGUGUGUGUGUGUGAGUGUGUGUGUGUGUGUGUGUGUGUGUGUGCCAGGAUGCCGCUGGUGAAGCGUAGCAUCGAGCCCCGGCACCUGUGCCACACAGUGCUGCCCCGUGGCAUCAAGAACGAGCUAGAAUGUGUGACCAACAUCUCGCUCGCCAACGUCAUCCGGCAGCUCAGCAGCCUCAGUAAGUAUGCAGAGGACCUGUUUGGGGAGCUCUUUAAUGAGGCUCACACCUUCUCGUUCCGGGUCAACUCCCUACAGGAGCGAGUGGACCGCCUGUCUGUCAGCGUCACACAGCUCGACCCCAAAGAGGAAGAGUUAUCCCUGCAGGACAUCACCAUGCGAAAGGCCUUCCGCAGCUCCACCAUUCAGGACCAGCAGCUCUUUGACAGACAGUCGCUGCCCCUCCCCUUAAAGGAGACCUUUGACGUCUGCGAGCAGCCGCCACCCCUCAACAUCCUCACACCCUAUAGGGAUGAUGGGAAGGAGGGACUGAAGUUCUACACAAACCCCUCCUACUUCUUUGACCUAUGGAGAGAGAAGAUGCUGCAGGACACGGAAGACAAGAGGAAAGAGAGGAGAAAGCAGAAGCUGGAGUGGCCCCAAGGGUACCGCCAUGACCCCUCUUUGCCCCCUGCCCCGGAGUUGCAAGACCCCCAUUCGUAUGAGCAGGUCUAUAAGUACUUAGACCUCCCCACACAGAUGAAGACCAUCGAUCGUACAGCAGACCCGGAUAAGAUUCCACGGGCGCCUCACGACCGUAAGAAGGACUGGCAGAAACUGGCCCUCGGACAAGAACUAGCCGAUGAUGAGGCUGAAGCCCAACAACAGAGGGACCCGGGCAAUGGCGCACGGCAAGUGAUGUACAUGGAACACGACGGGGCGUUCUCAUUGGCUGCUCUGCCGUACUGUCAGAUGAACGAGCUUCUGAACCGAAGAGACCAGGCAGCAUACGGCAGACCUCACGAGCCCCCACCCCCACCCCCGGCCAUCAGCUCCAGCUCCGGCCUGUCGGACAGCCUGGUCCAGUCUCCCGCUCGCGCCCCCGCCUUCCUCAACUCCGGCACCCCUCCUCCCCCUCCUCCGCCCUUACCCCCUCCCCCUCCCCCGCUGCCCUCCACCGUCCAAUCAGGCGCGGGCCUGCGCGGCACGCCGCCGCCCCCCAUCCCUCCCAUGCCCAACCAGCAGCCCCCGGCCAUCCCGCCCCCUCCCGCCCCCCUCCAGAUCGCCCCGGGGGUCCUCCACCCGGCCGCCCCUCCCAUCGCCCCUCCGCUCCACAUGGGCACCGGCUCCCCGGCCCGCCUGCAGCAGGACAAAGGCCCGCCCCCGGGGAUGACGGACGGCUCGGUGCUGCCCCCUCCUCCCCCGCCCCCUCCCCUUCCUCUGCCCGGAGCGAGGAGCUCGUCCCCGUCCAUGGCGGCCCUGCCCUCGGUCUCGUCGCCGCCCGCUCACUCGGCCCACGAGCCCAAGCGUCACCCGGCCAACCUGCCGCCCAUCAGCGACGCCCGCAGCGUCCUAUUGGAGGCCAUACGGAAAGGCAUCCAGCUGCGGAAGGUGGAGGAGCAGCGUGCGCAGGAGGAGAAGCACGAGCGCGUGGGCAACGACGUGGCCACCAUCCUGUCCCGCCGCAUCGCCGUCGAGUACAGCGACUCCGAGGACGACUCCGAGUUCGACGAGGUCGACUGGAUGGAGUGACCGAGAGAGAAGAAAGAAGAGAAGAGAAGAGAAGAGAAGAAAAGAAAGAGCCUCCCCUGCUCUGUUUUUCCCCCUCAUCAUCCUCAUCAUGCCUUCAUCACAGCUUUUUAUCUCCAUCACUUCUGCUCUCACUAUCGGUCGGACUACCUGUCUGCAGUUCUAUCCAAAUUCCUUCCUCGUUUGCCUUCUUUCUUUCUUUCUUUCUUUUUCCCCAUGGUAUGCCUUGGUCUGGAGAUUCCAACCAAUCUCGUUCAUUCAUUUCCCCUCCAGUGUUCCAUUACGGCUAUGUUAUAGGACGAGGAAAAGAAACUGUUUUGUAUUCAUUUUUACUACACAUCUUUGACAGUUUAGAUUCUAAGAUUUCAGUUUUAAAUUGUGUGAGCUCUUUCAUCUUGUACAGUUAAAAAGAAGAAAAAAAAAACGUGGAAAUAAUCCGGUGUCUUGUUUUCGCACAAUGACAUUUGAAAGAGCAAUUUAGAAAUCUAUCGCCAUGUUUGUCUGUUUAUAGUUUCAUGUGCAAGCACUAGGAAGGUCAGAAUUUCAGUUUAGGCUCUCUGCUGCCACCCGCGGGGUGAUGAAGGAAUUACAGACUUACUGUUGUGCUGAAGAGAGUUUUUUGUUUGAAGAAAAAAAAAAUGUUAAAAAAGCCACUAAUUGAGAAGGAACCUCAGAAUGCCAUUAGGAAGCAUUUGACAAGGAAGUAUGUGUUAAGUUUGCAGUUUGAAGGUCGGGUUGUUUCUCUGCGUAUGUGUAUGUGUAUGUGUGUGUGUGUGUGUGUAUGUGUGUGUGUGUGUGUGUGUGUGUGUGUGUGAGUGUUAUUUUUACUUUGGGAAUGGUGUCGUUGUUGAGUGAAAAAGUGUAGUGUCCUGUUGUUGUGUAUCUGUGAAAGAAAAGAAAAAGAAAAUGCAGUGAAGCAAUUACCAAACAACCCUGGUCAAGCUGAGAAUUUUUAUUGAAGUUUUGCACCUGUGUUACCUGAGCGUGUGUGCGUGCGUGUGUGCGUGUGUGUGUGUGUGUGUGUGUGUGUGUGUGUGUGUGUGUGUGUGUUUGUGUGCGUGUGUAUAUGUGCAUGUGAGAGUUAUUUGAGUGCUUAAGGUAAAUCCACUACGAAGAGCCAACGAGACUUUGACAGUGAGCAGCUACCAUACACAUGGGGGAGAUUUUUAGUUCAUGUAAGGGAUUUCAAACGUAAAAAGAAAAGAUUCAAGAAACUCACAUCUAUACAAAAGUUAAUGGCAGCUUGUCGCCUUGACAAAAUUUAGAGCGAUGCAACACACUAAGCCAUACUUGGGUGAUGUUUUUUUAAAACAUCAGACAAGGAAGUUGCCAAGACAGUUUACCACUGCGUGCUCAGCAUUGGUGGCGGUGAGACGACGACGCGCUCCUGCGACUGGUGAAACAACCCCUCGCCGUUCAUUCGUUUUCUGUUUUUCUCUCCUCUUCUAUGCCUUAUGGUUUGUAUAAACGUAUUCGUUGAGUUGAUGAAUGUACUGUGCUGUCACUACUUCUUGCUUGCGUUGGUAAAAGGAUUUAGCUGUUUCCAUGUCCCUGUGCGGAAGGGCAGAAAAAAAGACUUUUUGUUUUGUUUUGUUUAAAAAAAAAUGUAAGCGAGCCUUCCGUGUAACUUAUGUAACUGUUGACCGUCCCAUUUUGCUUGAAUUAAUAAAAAUCUAAUGCUA